UUUUUCGUUCCCAAAUAUGACGAACCCUAAGCCCUCGAUGACUCCUUUAUCGGAAUUGCCAUUCUUGGACAUAAUCAAGCUGUCGAUGCCGAUCAUUACUACGGUAUCACUUGCUGUUGCGGCUUUGAUCUCGCUCGUCAUCAUCACCUCCAACAAAUCCAAGAUUCCUCUCGCGAACCCCCCAGACCGCUUCCGGACGGCAUUUUCUCGUCAAGUGGAAUUCAUAACACACGGGCUCGAGGUUGUGGAAAAAGCUAGAAAGCAAUAUGGCAAGCAGCCUUACAGACUAAUCACCAAUGUGGGUGAGACGAUUGUGCUCCCGCCUUCGUACGCUCAAACAAUCCGAAAUGAAAAAGCGUUGCACUUCGGUACAACCUUUGCAGAGGAUUUCCAUGGCUAUCUGGCUGGCUUUGAGCCUUUUGGUACCCUUGGCGAUAAGAGGGACCUGGUUCAGCGUGUAGUGAAGAAACAACUAACCAAACAAUUAAAAUGGAAAGAGACUAACAUUACGAACGACAUACUCAAAGUUGUGUCCCGCUUGUCAUCAAAGAUAUUCCUUGGAGACAAACUCUGCCGCGAUGAACGCUGGAUUGAAUUAUCGAAAGAAUACGUCGUUACUGCUGUCGAAUCCACGAAAAGUUUCCUCGCAUGGCCUAGAUCCUUGCACUUCAUCAUCCCAUGGGUUUCAAAAGAUGCUAAAUUAGUCCUUCAGCUUCUCAAUGGCAUCCGCGGCAUCCUUCAGCCAAUUUUGGAUGAGAGAGAGCGGAUGAAAACCGAAGCUAAAAAGAUGGGUAAGCCAGUCCCGGUCUUCGAAGACACAUUGGAGUGGCUUCAGGAAGAGAGCAAGGGAGCUGCAUACGACCCCGCUGCAUACCAAAUGCUUCUCACAAUCGGCGCCAUACACACGACUUCCGACUUGCUCAGUCAGAUUCUCAUGCGUCUCGGAAAUGAGCCGCAUCUUAUUGAUGACCUAAGGGCGGAGAUCGUAUCAGUCGUCGGCGCUGAUGGUUUUUCCAAAGGCUCAAUCGCCAAUUUGAAGCUCAUGGAUAGUGCGCUCAAGGAAACACAGCGAAUUAAGCCGUUACAGCUGCUCUCAAUGAAGAGAGUUGCAGAGAAGAAGGUUGUUCUCCCAGACGGUUUUACUAUCAACAAGGGCGAUCGUGUUGCUGUGGAUGCGUACGCGAUGCUGGACCCAGAGGUUUACCCUAAUCCAGAGAAGUUCGACAUUUAUCGAUACCUUCGCAUGCGCGAAAAUACUGAUCAUCCUACAAAGGCUCUCCUUGUUUCUACUGGCCCUGAGAACCUCACCUUUGGCCACGGGAUCCAUGCAUGUCCUGGACGUUUCUUCGCUGCUCUUGAGAUAAAGAUUGCUCUUUGCCACAUUUUAACAAAGUAUGACUGGGAGCUUCUACCGGGAUCAAACUUGGAACCGUUUGUCCAAACUGGCGAGCAGACGUGCCUUGAUCCUGGGAACAUGAUGCGCUUUAGACGUCGCAAAGAGGAGAUCGACUUUAAUUCUCUAUCCUAUGAAUAA